CCCAGUGAGCGCGGAUCCCGGGUCUUCCCCUGCCCAACCAGCCGUGAGCUGAGCCGUAGGAGGCGAGUUCGGGGGUCCCUGAUCUUCCCUCAACUCCUAGCAGCGUCUCGCCUCGGAUCAGCUGCAAAAUCGGCAGGGCCUGGUGUUCUUCUCUUUCUUUCUUGCCACUCUUGAGCUGGCCUCUAAGAUCCCGGGAUCGGCAGGAGGGACCUGAGCCUUGGCGCUAGGAUGGGAAACAGUGCCCUCCGCGCUCAUGUGGAAACCGCGCAGAAAACUGGUGUCUUUCAACUUAAAGACCGUGGGCUGACCGAGUUCCCCUCAGAGUUGCAGAAGCUGACAAGCAAUCUCAGGACCAUCGACUUGUCCAACAACAAGAUUGAGAAUCUACCGCCUGUGGUCAUAGGGAAGUUCUCUCUGCUGAAGAGCCUCUCCUUGAACAAUAACAAAUUAACUGCUCUUCCUGACGAGUUAUGCAAUCUGAAGAAGCUGGAGACACUAAGCCUAAACAACAAUCAGUUGAGAGAGCUGCCAUCUACUUUUGGGCAACUAUCUGCCCUUAAGACCCUGAGCCUCUCCGGGAACCAGCUGAGAGCUCUGCCCCCGCAGCUGUGUAGCCUACGGCACCUGGAUGUAGUGGAUCUCUCCAAGAACCAGAUUCGGAGCAUACCUGACAUAGUCGGGGAGCUGCAAGUCAUCGAACUCAACCUCAACCAGAACCAGAUAGCUCAGAUCUCAGUGAAGAUAUCUUCUUGUCCUCGUCUUAAAGUUCUUCGUCUGGAGGAGAACUGUCUUGAGCUCAGUAUGCUUCCACAGAGCAUCCUCAGUGAUUCACAGAUCUGUCUUCUUGCUGUGGAAGGCAACCUUUUUGAAAUUAAGAAACUUCGAGAACUGGAAGGCUAUGAUAAGUACAUGGAGAGGUUCACAGCCACCAAGAAGAAAUUUGCAUGAUGUCCUCCAGGAGCAUGGGAACUAUAGAGUAUACUGACUUGGAACCUGUUGCAAUCUGGCUGACUGAAAGGCUCCUGUUGUUGUCAAGGGUAUCUGCUGUAAGAAGAUGAUACUCCAGGAGGUCACAUUUCACGCAGUGAUCGUUUUCCUUUCCAGGGCUCAUCUUAAAUAAGCUAAAAGGAACCAAGAGACAGGAAGUGUCCUCCAUUUUGAGUCACGGAUAGGGCAAAGGACAAUGUUGAUUUUCAAAACCAUCACUACUUUGGCUUUAGGAAACACAGUAACUAGUUGCUAUGUAUACAGAGGGGAUGCUGCCUGGUACCAGAAUAGCUCCACACAACAGCUUGAAAUUUCAUGUGUUUCAAUGUGUGAGCUUUCAUAAAAUCAGUUGCCAUUCCACCUCUGUGUUGACACUUCAUGUUUUUAUGAAAUUCAGGUAAUUCGUGAGAGGCCACUAUGGUUAAUCUGAGGAUUUAUGAUUUUAUUCCAGUCCCUCCAAGUAUUUAUUCUUGGAAUUUAGGAUGUAUGUAAAUAUAUGACUCUUGAUUAACACUGUACUUUGCCAGAGAAACAACACAACACUAAGAGGUGUUCCGCAAGGCUGCAGUAGCAAUUUUUUUUUUAACUAUUGCAGGUGCCUUAUUGAGAAGAGCUAAAACUCUAUAUGCAAAACUUGUAAGAUACAAGGGUUUUAAUAAUCAAGUUUUUCCUGAAGUUUUAUUAGGAACAAUGUCUUAUUUCUGGUAAUCUUUUUGUAUUUAUAACUAUUAAUAAUCAAAUUAACUAUCAAAAAAACUACUGCUACAAUAUUUUACAACUUAUGUUUAUCAAAUUUAUUCUCUGAAUAAGAGAAUAUGCUAAAUAAAGAUAUUUUUAAUAA